AUGUCAUUCGCCGACUUUUGCAAAAACAAAGUUGACUUAGACUUUGGUUUCUCAAACCUCAACACUGAAGUAAACUAUUAUUUCAAUGCUGCUGGAGAUGCUUGGGACCCAGUUAAGUUCACAUGCGAAAAGUUUGAAUGCAAGAGAAUAGAAAGCAGACUUGCAGUCUAUAUGUUGGACCCAGAUAUUUCAAAUGCUUUAGCUGCCAAAUAUAUUGCAGUUCCACUUAUGUUCCCUAUACACCAAAUAUCUGUCAAAGACUUUGCAGGUGAAGUUGGAAACCAAAGUGCUGACCCAGGUGCAAGAACAGAUAUUGCUUUAACAACUGCAAUGAAACAUGCAGAUACUAUGUUUGUUCUUUUCAGACGAACUAUAAAUGACUAUUCUUGCUUCUACAACCCUGGUAUUAAAUAUCAUAUAAACAUAGAUGGCAAAUAUUAUCCAAGAGAAGAAUAUUCUACAGUUGAGGAUAUGAGGUCAUACAACUUGACAUUAGAUGCUAUGAACUUUAACAACAACUUCACAACAACCAUUAACCCUGAAAUGCAAAGUUCUAUUAUGCCAUAUGUGAAAGUAUGGACCCAUACAGGAGCUCAAAACACUCAAUAUACAAAUGGAGACCGUUCAAACUUUUGGCUUGGCAUUCCAUUUGCUGACUCAGAAGACUUUAUGGGUGGUAUUUCAACUGUUGGUACAGUUCAAAUACAAUAUACUGGUGACAGAGACGGUCCAAAUGAAUUGAAAGCAAAGAAGUUUACAAAACCAAUAGCACUUUUCACGGAAGAUGCUCUUUUGAAGAUUC